AUGGCGGAGACGAGCUUCUUCCAUGCUCUCCAGAGUGCUCGAGCAAGAACAAGCAUGGAACAACCGUCGAGCUUAUCGUCUUUGGUUUUCUUCUGUCCCGAGGUAGGGCUUGUCAGAUUGCUCGUGGCCAUGGCUGUCAAGGCGCCUUGCGUUUCUUCUUCGCUCAACCCCGACGCUCCCCACUUCGUCCCCUCCUUCUUCGAGAGCGUCGAGGAUUUCUCGUCCGAGUGGUGGAAUCUGGUGAAGAGCACGCCCGCCUUCCGUGAUUACUGGAUCCGCGAGAAGUGGGAGAGCGUUGUCUCGGAAGCGUCCGCCACGCUCGACGACUACGCCGAGGAAGACGAGGAGGAUGUGUCAUUCGAGGACGUGGAUCUUGAGGAUGUGAGGGCGCUCGACGAGGCGGACACCCUCAAAGAACAAGAUGUGAAUCUGUGCCCCGCGCCGCGGGCCGUCAAGGUGAUAGAUCUGGUUUCACCGCCACCGGCGGCCGCCAAGAUCUACGCUCCUCGAGACCCCCGCAACAAGCUUGUCAAGGUUCCUCCCAAGCUGGCGGCGGCGCAGAUGAGGAAGGGCUCGCUGUCGACCCGGAUCCAGCAGCCCCGGUAGGCGAAGAACGAUCGAUCCAUAGAAAAACCAUGAUCUCUCAUCUCUCUUUUUGUUGGUGUUCUUUCCUUUCGUUCCUCUUUCUCAUCGUUUGCUUCGUCGUGCUUGACUUAUAGCGAGCUCGACGAGUUCUUGUAAAUUUACCUCUCAGCACCCAACUCUACCGAGGUGGAAAAAGUUGUAAAAAAAAUGGUAUGGAAAACAAAAAGCCUGUAGUAAA